CACUCGCUCGAUGAUCUUCAGCAACCGCACACCCUGGUCCACACGGAACUCCUCCCGACACACACACACACACACACACACACAAAGAGGAGGAAGAUGUGCGACGUGCAGCUGCUGCGGGAGUCGGUACAUGAGCGGAUCAGCGCCGCCGCCGAAGACUUCCUGCUGCAGCUGGAGAAAGGAGGAGAAACGGCUCGAGUCCCGGAGCUGAGAGCGAUGCUAACCGAGCGGCUAACGGCGGCGGCGGAGGAGAUCGUCGCGGUGUUCGAAGACAGAAUGGAGCGGUCCGAGCGGGAGAUCUGCUGCCUGAGGAGGCUGCUGGAGGCCGUGAUGAAGCCCGAACUCCGGCUGCACCGAGUUGUUUGUUCUGCAGACGUACAGCCGCUGAUGGUGAAUAAAGAAGAGGUUCCCCCUGAGCAGCAGCAGUGGAGCCCCCUUGUGGACCAGGAGGACCCAGAGCCCCCCCACAUUAAAGAGGAACAGGAUGAACCGUGGACCAAUCAGGAUGGAGUGCAGCUUCAACAACUUGAGCAGGCUGAUAUCAAGUUCACAUGGACUGCUGUCACUAUAAAGAGUGAAGAAGAUGAAGAGAAACCUGAGUUGUCACAGCUUCAUCAGGGUCAGACUGAGGAGAACAGAGCGGACUGUGGAGAACAAGAACCAGCCAGGAACUCAGGUCCUGAUGAACAUUUACAACAAGGUACUGAGGACAAGAAUGAAGACUCUUCUGAGUCUGAUGACAGUGAAGAUGAUUGGAUGCAGACCAGGGAACCUCCGUCUGGUUUAAAUACAAGAAAUAGCAAACAACCUAUAAGUGAUAUGAAAUGUAAAACUGGUAAGAAAGCAUUUGGUUGUUCUGAGUGUGAUAAAAGAUAUCUUCAAAAGCGCGAUCUAACUGAGCAUAUGAGGAUUCAUACAGGAGAGAAACCAUUUGGUUGUUCUGACUGUGGUCAAAGAUUCAGACGAAAGUGCUCUCUAACCAUACAUGUGAUGAUUCAUACAGGAGAGAAACCAUUUGGUUGUCCUGACUGUGGUCAAAGAUUCAGACAAAAGAGCGUUUUAACUGUACACAUGAGGACUCAUACAGUAGAGAAACCGUUUAGUUGCUCCGAGUGUGGGAAAAGAUUUUUUGAAAAGGGCGAUCUAACUGUACAUAUGAGGAGUCAUACAGGAGAGAAACCGUUUAGUUGCUCCGAGUGUGGGAAAGGAUUUCUUCAUAGUGGCGCUGUAACUGUUCACAUGAGGACUCAUACAGGAGAAAAACUGUUUAGUUGCUCCGAGUGUGGAAAAAGAUUUGUUAAAAAGGGCAAUCUAACUGAUCAUAUGAGGAUUCAUACAGGAGAGAGAUUUAGUUGCUCUGUGUGUGGUAAAAGAUUCAGACGAAACAGCGAGCUUACUGCACAUAUGAGAAUUCAUACAGGAGACAAACCGAUUAGUUGCUCCGAGUGUGGAAAAAGAUUUGUUAAAAAGGGCAAUCUAACUGAUCAUAUGAGGAUUCAUACAGGAGAGAGAUUUAGUUGCUCUGUGUGUGGUAAAAGAUUCAGACGAAACAGCGAGCUUACUGCACAUAUGAGGAUUCAUACAGGAGAGAAAGCACUUAGUUGCUCCUAGUGUUGUAAAAGAUUUAAGUUGCAUCGUUUGCAACAAAAUUAUUUAUUAAGAUUUGUCAGAAACUAUUCAUAUUAUACAUAUUCAUAGUUCACUUUUGUAAAUAGAGAAUUUAGAAUUCCCCCUUUCACCUGUCUUUAUCAGUUAAACAAUUUUUCUCCCUAGUAAAAAUAACUCAUUGAAUAACAUGAAAGAUUUGUGUUGAUAUUUCUUGUUUCUACUGAUUUGAUUUAUGCCAUAUAUAUUACAUACCCAUAUAUACUGAAUGUAAUUUUCAUAAUGUCCUCCGUGUCUGGUAAAAACUUUGCCCUUAAUUAACAGCUGAAUAUACAUAAGAGAAGUCAUACAGGAGAAAAACUAUAAAAUUGCUCCUAGUGUGGUAAAAUAUUUUAACUAAUGGGCAAUCUGUGUAUACGAUGAGUCAUAUAGCAGAUCAUUAUUUGACUUGCUCUGUGUGGAAAAAGAUUUAAUUGUAGUUACAAUUUAAAGAGACAUGAGGAUUCAUGUAGGAGAGAAAUUAAUCGUUUGCAACACAACAUUUAUAUAGAUCUAUCAGCAGCUAUCGAUAUUAUCCAUAAUCAUAGUUCACUGUUGUAAAAAGAGAAUUAAGAUCCCUCCACCUGUUUUUACCAGUUAAACAAUUUGAAUGUUCAUACAAAAUACAACUCAUUGAAUAACAUGAAAGAUUUGUGUUGAUAUUUCUUGUUUCUCCUGAAUUAUGCCUCAUAUAAUACACACCUAUACUGUGAAGGAAAUAAGUAUUUGAUCCCUUGCCGAUUUUUCAAGUUUGACCACUGACUAAUAAAUGAACAGUCAUUGUAACGGUCUGCUAAACCUGGCAGGUUAUGCAGAAUGUUUUAUUCUGUUAUAUGGGUUGGGCUUAUUUUGUUCUUUAUGUUCAACUAUGUGUUAUUUCAGUUAGUAAUUUGUUGUCUUUGUACACAUAGUGACUACCCUUGCAUAAAUACCUGAAGCUUUAGGGAGCGGACCAUUUUAUUAAACGCACCUAUCCCUCGCUUCAAGGCCAAGGCAAAUAUAACAACUGCUGUACAGCCGCGGCACAAGAAUAGUAGCAGCAAGAACGACAGGACGCUAGCAGAGGCAAUUCACAACCAUACAGACUUAACGAUUAAAGUUUAACAGCCCUCGCCGAGCGGAACAAGGUAAGGUAGCGGGUUCUAUUCACUUUGCUGCAGGUAGCGCGGAAUGGGAGUCGCUAUGUCACAUUAACUCGCCCAACAUUGUCUCACGUGGUUAUUUGUUUGUUUAUGUAUUUUAACGGUUGUAUUUGGCUUUUAUUGAAUAAUUAUGUUGCAUUUGGUUUCAUUUU